AUGGCAGCCGAAGAGGACCGCACAGCCUUGAACGGUCUGGAGAGGACGUUGUUCAAGCUGGUAUCGGAGAAAGCGGCAUCGGCGCAAUGGUCGAAAUGGCUUGGAGCCCCAUUGCAGCACGCUGUGGCCGAGGGUGACAAGGAUCGUGCCUUGGCCCUGCUGAAAGCCGGGGCUGACGGCAGGGGAAACAAGGAGAUGGUGUCGACUUUGCUGGCAAAAGGAGGCGAAAGGACUGCACUCCACGGGGCGCUUGCUGAUGUGGGCUUGCUUGAUGCCAAGGGUCGUAGCGCCCUACACUACGCCAUCGAAGGCGGACACCUGCAGCUCGCCGGAGAUGCGGUGAUUGGGGGAGCGGACCCAAAAGCCAAGGACAUCGACGGCAAUACUCCCCUCCACUUUGCUGCCGCUUAUGACGACGACAAGUUCGUCGGCACGCUCUUACGCAGGGGGGCUCAAGUUAACGCGGCUAACAACGAAGGAAACCUCAAUGAACGUUCACCGCUUUUCUUUGCGCACGACCAAGCGGCCAUGACGAGGACCCUGCUUGAGUACGGUGCGGACAUCCUCUCAGUCGAUCAGCUCGGCUUCACCGCACUGCACGCGGCUGCGGUGGAAGUGUUUGGGUACUUCUCUCCGCGUUUAUUGAUGUGGAAUGCUGAGAACGCGAAGGUGAUCGAUACUCUCCUCGAGGCUAGGGUCGAUCUGGAAGCGAGAUCUGUGGAAUUUUUCGAAGGUUCGCAACGAUUCAGGGGGCUGACACCCCUUCACCUCGCCGCCUAUCACCAGAAGGUCAGUAUGGCCGAACUGUCACGGAAGGGAGCCGUAGACAACGCAAAAUGUGACGACGGCCGGACUCCACUACACAUGCUGUGUACGAAUCCCAAACUUAAUUCGUGGGACACAGUCGACCUUUUGCUGAGAUGGGGCGCGGACGAAACGGCCAUCGACAACGAAGGCUACACUCCCGAAGCCCUGGUUGUAGGCCGCUCCAACAGAAGUCGAGCCCUGCGACAGAUGUUAGACAAGGCGCCGGAAGACAGGGCGUGGCGUCGCUGGGGCACUCUGGUCAUGUGCCGCGCUUUGCCCGGGAAGGUGAUGACCACGAGUCUGAGGGGAAGAGGCGGCAGGGAUAGGGCCCGGACCCGUGCCGGCCGUGGGCGUGGGGGUGGAAGCGUGAGCCGCAGGCGCGGGUUUGGGGUUUUGCUGGCCCGGGUAGUGGAGCUGGAUGCAGUUUUUCGGACGGUCGUGGGGUUCCUGUGA